UUCUUCUCCGCGCGUGCGCACUUUCCUGCAGUUCCGGAAGCCGAUCGCGUGCGGAGGUGACGCCGCGGAGCGUGAGUGUCCCUCAGUAUGGCUUAAACUUGCGAAUCGCCAUACCCCGUUUCCACACCCAGUGCCCGGGCUCGCUACAGACCUUAAGAUCCCCGCACCGCGCCCUCCACCCCAGGGCCCUGCUGCUCCCCAGGUCUCCCCUCCGCAGUCACCGUUUCCGUGAGUCCGCGUUGGGAGGGGCCCGGGGCCCGUCCUGUGACACCUGCCCAGCUCCACCCCCUGGAAAAUGUGCUCCUCCGGGAUGCAGGCGUCUUACUCCAAACCCGCCUGUGAACGCGUGGGAUUGGGAGACGGAGAGAGAGAGAAGCAGAAAAACCGAGACAGAGGAAAGAGUAAAGGAAGCCCAUAAACAGCUGGCAAAGCAGAGGAUGGGUGAGGAUUUGCAGCCAUAGUAAGAGUGAAAGAAGGAGCUGAGAAAGCAGAAGGAGAAAAACAACUGCAGAAAUGCAGAGAAAAGCGCGGUGUCCAGAGAGAUGAAGGGACAGCAUGGUAGGGAGAGGGACAGAUAGGGGGAGGCUAUUCAGACAGAGUCGGGGAGAGGAGGAGAGAUUUGGAGCCAGGGCAGACAGAGCAGUGUGGUGCUGGGAUAGCAAGAGGGGGCAGCAAGUGACAAGGAGAGCAGAGGGAAAACCACAGCAGGGGGAGGCCUAGGGCCUGUGGGUGCCAGAGAGUGGGGACAAAGAAUGUAACAGGGAAGAGAGGAUUUACAGGGGGAGCAGAGAUGGGAGAAGAAAGAGGCAGAAAUGUAUAUAGAGACUGGAGACACUGAAAGAUUGGGGAGAAAGAGCAGUCAGGAUUGAAACAAGGCCCCAGAAUGGGCCAGAACAGGUGGAAGAGGAGGAAGGAAGAAGGAGGAAGAAGGGGAGAAGAGGAAGAAGGAGGAAGAAGGAGCAAGAAGGGGAGAAGAGGAGGAAGGAAGAAAAAGGGGAGAAGAGGAAGAAGGAGGAAGAAGGGGAGAAGAGGAAGGAGGAGGAAGAAGGGGAGAGGAAGAGGAAGAAGGGGAGAAACAGCAGGAAGCACAAAACGACUUGGGAAGAACCAGGGGAAAAACACGGAAAAUAAAAAAUAAGCUAAUGUGAGAAUGAGAGAGAUGCAGAGAAAGAGGGAGGGAAGCACAGUACGGAAGCCAGAGAGGGACCCUGGGUCCAGGAAGAACCCUCGAAGAGGAGGAAGAGGAGAGAAGGAGAAGUCAGGCAUGGCCCUCACCCAGGGACAGGUGACAUUCAGGGAUGUGGCUAUAGAAUUCUCUCAGGAGGAGUGGACAUGCCUGGACCCUGCUCAGAGGAGUUUGUACAGGGACGUGAUGUUGGAGAACUACAGGAACCUGGCCUCCCUGGGAAUCUCUUGUUUUGACCUCAGUAUUAUCUCUAUGUUGGAGCAAGGGAAGGGGCCUUUUGCUCUGGAGAGCCAAGUACAGAGAGCAGGAAACCCGGAUGGAUGGGAAUGGAUCAAAGCCCUGAUCACAGCUCUGUCUUCUGAAUUUGUAAUGAAAGAUUUACCACACAAAGGGAAGAGCAGUACGGGAGAAGUAUUCCAAACAGUGAUGUUGGAAAGACAUGAAAGCCAUGACAUUGAAGGCUGUUUCUUCAGGGAAGUCCAGAAAAAUGUUCAUGACCUUGAGUAUCAACGCAGAGAUGCUGAAGGAAAUUACAAAGCAGUGCUUAUGACCCAGAAAGAUAAUCCCACGCAUGGAAGAGGUGAACAUGACAAAAGAGAUGCAAGAAGCAAGCUUAUUACAAAUCAGCUUGGAUUAAGCUUUCAGCCACAUCUGCCUGAACUACAGCUUUUUCAAUAUGAAGGGAAAAUUUAUGAAUAUAAUCAGGUAGAGAAGUCUUUCAAUAAUAGUUCCUCAGUUUCACCCCCUCAACAAAUGCCUUAUAAUGUCAAAACCUACAUUUCUAAGAAAUAUUUCAAAGACUUUAUCUCUUUAUUACUUACACAGGGACAAAAAGCAAAUAAUUGGGAAAAGCCUUACAAAUCUAAUGUAUGUGGCGUGGUCUUCCCUCAAAAUUCACACCUUGCAAGUCACCAGAGAAGUCAUACUAAAGAGAAACCUUACAAAUGUUAUGAGUGUGGCAAAGCCUUUAGAACACGUUCAAACCUAACUACCCAUCGGGUAAUCCAUACUGGAGAAAAACGUUACAAAUGUAAUGAGUGUGGUAAGGUCUUCAGUCGAAAUUCACAACUCUCACAACAUCAGAAAAUUCACACUGGAGAGAAACCUUAUAAAUGUAACGAAUGUGGCAAGGUUUUCACUCAGAAUUCACACCUUGCAAGACAUCGAGGGAUUCAUACUGGAGAGAAACCUUACAAGUGUAAUGAGUGUGGGAAAGCCUUUAGAGCUCAUUCAAGCCUGAGUAUCCAUCAGGCAACCCACCGUGGAGAAAAACCUUACAAAUGUAAUGAAUGUGGCAAGGUCUUCACUCAGAAUUCACACCUUAUAAAUCACUGGAGAAUUCACACUGGAGAGAAACCUUACAAGUGUAAUGAGUGUGGCAAAGCCUUUGGUGUUCGUUCGAGCCUAGCUAUUCAUCUAGUAAUUCACACUGGAGAAAAGCCUUACAAAUGUCAUGAAUGUGGCAAGGUCUUUAGGCGUAAUUCACACCUUGCAAGGCAUCAGCUAAUUCAUACUGGAGAGAAACCUUACAAGUGUAAUGAGUGUGGCAAAGCCUUUAGAGCACAUUCAAACCUAACUACUCAUCAGAUCAUCCAUACUGGGGAAAAACCUUACAAAUGUAAUGAAUGUGGCAAGGUCUUCACUCAAAAUUCCCACCUUGCAAAUCAUCAAAGAAUUCAUACUGGAGUGAAACCUUACAUGUGUAAUGAGUGUGGCAAAGCCUUCAGUGUGUAUUCAAGCCUAACUACCCAUCAGGCAAUCCAUACUGGAGAAAAACCCUACAAAUGUAAUGAGUGUGGCAAGGUCUUCACACAGAAUUCACACCUUGCAAGACAUCGGGGAAUUCAUACUGGAGAGAAACCUUACAAAUGUAACGAAUGUGGCAAGGUCUUUAGGCAUAACUCAUACCUUGCAAGGCAUCGGCGAAUUCAUACCGGACAGAAAACUUACAAGUAUGAUGAGUGUGGCAAAGCCUUUAGUGAACAUUCAAACCUAACUACCCAUCAGGUCAUCCAUACUGGAGAAAAACCUUACAGAUGUAAUGAGUGUGGUAAGGUCUUCAGUCAGAAUUCACACCUUGCAAGACAUCGGAGAAUUCACACUGGAGAUAAACCUUACAAGUGUAAUGAAUGUGGCAAAGCCUUUUGUCAAACUUCAAAACUUGCAAGGCAUCAGAGGGUUCAUACUGGAGAGAAACCAUAUGUGUGUAAUCAGUGUGGCAAAGCCUUUAGUGUCCGUUCAGGCCUAACUACCCAUCAGGUCAUCCAUACUGGAGAAAAACCUUACAAAUGUAAUGAGUGUGGCAAGGUCUUCACUCAGAAUUCACACCUUGCAAGGCAUCAAGGAAUUCAUACUGGAGAUCAACCUUACAAGUGUAAUGAAUGUGGCAGAGCCUUUAGUCAAACUUCAAAACUUGCAAGGCAUCAGAGGGUUCAUACCAGUGAGAAACCAUAUGAGUGUAAUUGUGGGGAAGCCUUUAGUGUCCGUUCAAGCUUUGCUACCUAUCAGGCAAUCCAUACUGGAGGAAAACCUUAUAAAUGUCACUUGUGGAAAGUUCUAAAGUCAGAGUUGAACCCUUGCAAGUCGUCACAGAAUUCAGAGUGGAGAGAAACCUUACAAAUGAAGGUGGCAACUUUUGCAGUUAGAGUUAAUUCCUUUGAACAACAUCAGAGAAUUUAUUCCUGAGAGAAUCCUUGAAAGUGCAAAGACUGUGGCAAACUGCUUAUGAGUUCAAGUAUUAAUAGACAUCCAAGGUUCCGUAAUAAUGAGAAAUCAUAUAAGUGUACUGUAUGUGGCAGAGGCUUUAUUCAGGCCUCACAGCUUUCUAGACAUUAAAAUCUGCAUACUUUAUGGAACCACACUAAUGUAAUGUGCAUCCUGAAGCUCUUAAGACUGUAACCGUAGGUGAGGAUUCAUAUGAAGAGUAACUCAGUCUCUAGUUCUUCGAUUCACUUUUAAUAUGACAAACUGCACGACAAUUACACAUCCCAAUAUGGUAAAACUUAUGACACAUAUUUCAAAAGUUGAAGGACAUUUGGAAAUGGCUACUUACCUUCAGAUUAGAAAAUAUUUCAUUCCAUUGUUUGAGGUUUCUCAAAAAGGCUACUGUUUGUGACUUUCAACCUGAACACCUUUCGUGGUGCCCCUCUGGGAAAGAAUAUGGUACGCAUUACAUGAGGAUCAUAUUUAUCCACAUUUAUUGAAGAAGGAGGACUCCACAUUAUAAAAUUAAAUAUUCUUUCAAUUGAGAGACCAUGGUUUAGGGGCAGAAAAUAAGGUAAAACUAUGAUAUCAGUUGUCAUACUGAUUGUAUUCAGGGUGCCCUUCUUCUGAGAGAAAGACACUGUGGGUUUUAGGCAAGAAAGGCUCUACCAACCAUGCAUUAAGCAGGCCAAGACCUCGGGACACUGGAGUUUUCAUGGGAGGAGAGUAAUAGGUUAUGAAUGACUGAUUAUAUAAUAGUAAUAGUGCAGGGGAACGGUCGCCACCUUCUCUAUUGAAUGGCAACAGGAGUUUUAUGGCAGAGAUUGAUGAAAAAUAGGCUUAUUUUUGAAAUUGAAGAGAUAACAGUUACCAGAGUAGAGAGCUUGGACACCAGAACCAGAAUACCGUGUUUUUUUUUAGUAGAAUUGACACUAACUGCUAGAAGUAUAUUUUGCUGCUGUUUUAUUGAGAAUGUGUCACAGGCAUAAUGUUUUGACAGAAAAAUGGGAUGUUUUCUUAUAACUGAAUGAAUCACAUUUUUGUACCAACACUGUUUUUUCCUGCCUGAGUAGGAUACUUCGUAACAGAUAAUAACAAUACACUCAGUCUUUUAGGUUGGAGGAUCGAGAACAUUUUUUUUUUCUUGGUGAAAUCAAACAACAUACAAUUUUGGGAAACUGUAAUCAUACUGUGCCCUGAAUUAUUCUCUCUACACUCUGUCUUAGCAUAUUUACAUGGAUAUAAUGAAAAUCCCAUAGAAAGUGCAACUUUCGGCCGGGCGCAGUGGCUCACACCUGUAAUCCCAGCACUUUGGGAGGCCAAGGCAUGUGGAUCACGAGGUCAGGAGAUAGAGACCAUCCCAGCCAACAUGGUGAAACCCUGUCUCUACUAAAAAUAUAAAAAUUAGCCGGGCACGGUGGCUCACGCCUAUAAUCCCAGCACUUUGGGAGGCUGAGGCAGGAGAAUUGCUUGAACCCAGGAGACGGAGGUUGCGGUGAGCCGAGAUCGUGCUGUUGCACUCCAGUCUGGGUAACAACAGUGAAACUCUGUCUCAAAAAAUAUAUAUAUAUAUAAAUUAGCUUGGGACGGUGGCAGUUGCCUUUGGGAGCUGAGGCAGGAGAAUCGUUUGAACCCGGGAGUUGGAGGUUGCAGUGAGCUGAGAUUGCCCACUGCACUCCAGCUUGGCAACAGAGCAAGACUUCGUCCCCCAAAAAAAAAAAACCAUUUUUAUAAGUGCCAUUUUUACACUCUUACACUCUGAAAGCUGCCAGUGUUGUUGAAUAUAUACCGUAUUAUAUUUUUACAUGCUUAUGUGCCAAAUAACUAUGGCAUACAUCUUUAUUACAUGAAGUGAAAAUACAUCUAUAGCAGGUGUAUGGGCCGGGCAUGAUGGCUCAUGGCUGUAAUCCUAGCACUUUGAGAGGCAGGUGGGUCACUUGAGUCCAGGAGUUUGAACCGCCUGGGCAACAUGGCAAAACCCUGUCUCUACAAAAAAAUAGAAAAAUUAGCUGGGCAGAGUGGCUCACGCCUGUAGUCCCAGCUCCUCAGGGGACUGAGGCAGGUGGAUCACUCAAGCGCAAGAGGCAGAGGUUGCAAUGAGCCAAGACUGCACCACUGCACUCCAACCUGGGUGACAGAGCAGCGAGACCCUGUCUCAAAAAAAAGUGUAUGAAAAAUAUUAUGAAAUUAUAAAUAGCGCAGAAUAACAAAAGUUACACUAUUCUUAGAAUGCUAUGCUCAUUGACAUAAUUUGACAAGACUAACAUUCCUGAGUUUCCUCUUUUUUUUUUUUUGAGACGGAGUUUUGCUCUUGUUACCCAGGCUGGAGUGCAAUGGUGCCAUCUCGGCUCACCGCAACCUCCGCCUCCCGGGUUCAGGCAAUUCUCCUGCCUCAGCCUCCCGAGUAGCUGGGACUACAGGCACGCGCCACCAUGCCCAGCUAAUUUUUUGUAUUUUUAGUAGAGACGGGGUUUCACCAUGUUGACCAGGAUGGUCUCGAUCUCUUGACCUCGUGAUCCACCCGCCUCGGCCUCCCAAAGUGCUGGUAUUACAGGCGUGAGCCACCACGCCCGGCUGAGUUUCCUCCUCAUGAACAUACAUAAUGGAAAUUUUAUUUUGGUGGGUAAACUAUAAGUUUCAUAGACGUAGCCUUACCACAUUUUUGGUAAUGUUAAGUUGUCCCCCCUCCAGUGGAAGUGUAUUGCACUCAACCUGCAGUUUGGAUUAGAUACAGAAAAUUAUGAUGUCAAACAAUGAAAUUUUAGGAAAAUGCGUAUUACGGCCGGGCGCGGUGGCUCACGCCUAUAAUCCCAGCACUUUGGGAUGCCGAGGCGGGUGGAUCACUAGGUCAAGAGAUCGAGACCAUCCUGAUCAACAAGAUGGAACCCCGUCUCUACCAAAAAUACAAAACUUAUCUGGGCAUGGUGGCGCGUGCCUGUAAUCCCAGCUACUCGGGAGGCUGAGGUAGGAGAAUUGCUUGAACCCAGGAGGUGGAGGUUGCGGUGAGCCGAGUUCGCGCCAUUGCACUCCAGCCUGGGUAACGAGAGCGAAACUCCGUUGCAAAAAAAAAAAAAAAGGAAGUGCGUAUUGCAUAAUGAGGAUUUCUGUGAGAAGCAAGGUUGACUUCCCAAACUGGUCCAAACUGGCUUGAGAGAGCAGGGAUAAGUAACUGGUUAUGGGUAUUAUGGUAAUAACCUUUAAUAAAAGGGCGUGGUUGGAGUGAGGGUGCCACACACGGUUUGAACUUCCAUCUAGUUCCAAAGGAGGGAACACAGGCAUUAUCAGCUUGGCCAGGCAGAAUAAGAAGAGGGAAUGCAAAGGUGUAAAUGUUGUUACACGACAAAAAUCGCAAAAUGGAAACUGACUACUACGACACUGAAUAUUUACUCUUGAAACUUCGGAUUUCCGGCCAGGCGUGGUGGCUCAAGCCUGUAAUCCCAGCACUUCAGGAGGCCGAGGCAGGUGGAUCACCUCAGGUCAGGAGCUCGAGACCAGCCUGGCUAACAUGGUGAAACCCCAUCUCUACUAAAAAUACAAAAAUUAGCCGGGUAUGGUGGCGUGUAGCUGUAGUCCCAGCUACUCAGGAGGCUGAGGCAGGAGAAUCGCUUGAACCUGGGAGGCGGAGGUUGCAGUGAGCUGAGAUCUUGCCACUGCACUCCAGCCUGGGCAAUAGGGUGAGACUCCAUCUCAAAAGAAAAGAAAGUUCUAAGUGAUUUGUUAGGAAAGACCUCUGUUUUCUUUGUAAUAGUAAUUAGUUUUCCUUUCCUGCUGAACCCAUAGGUGCCAUUAUACAACAUCAUUCUUGAAAAUGUUUGUGAAAUGCUGUUUAAAUUGCCUAAAAUAUAUAUAUAUAUAUAUUUUGAGAUGGAGUUUCGCUGUUGUUACCCAGACUGGAGUGCAAUGGUGUGAUCUCGGCUAAUGGUUACCUCCACCUCCUGGGUUCAAGCAAUUCUCCUGCCUCAGCCUCCCUGCUAGCUGGGACUACAGGCAAGCGCCACCAUGCCCAGCUAAUUUUUGUAUUUUUGGUAGAGACAGGGUUACACCAUGUUGACCAGGAGGGUCUCAAUCUCUUGACCUCGUGAUCCACCCGCCUCAGCCUCCCAAAGUGCUGGGAUUAUAGGCGUGAGCCACCGCACCCAGCCUGCCUAAAAUAUUUUUACAGUAGUUCAAUGAAAAUGAAUUUGUGGAAAAGUUUAUUACAUAAUAUGAUCAAGCAAUUUUAGCUAAAGGUAAUUUUUCAAAGGCUGUGUUAUGUUAAUGUCAUCUUCAGUUUAUUGUAUUGUGUAAUAUAGUUCAUAGCUUUUCUUUCUUUUUAGCGGUGGGGUCUUGCUGUGUUGGCCAGGUUGGUCUUGAACUCUUGGCCUCAAGCACUCCUCCUUCCUCAGCCUCCCAAAGUGCUAGGAUUACAGCUGUGAGCCACUGUGCCCCCCGCCCCAUAGCUUAUUUUCAAUAGUAGUAAAGCGACUUUUUGUUUUUUAAUAUGAUUUUUAUUGUAAAGGUUUCUUCCAUACAUUUUAAUCCAAAUUAUAUGUUUACUGCAUUUCUUCUCUGUGUUACUCUGGUGAAAAAGUUAGAGAAUACGUAAAGGAGGGUGUGGUUUGUAAAUAAAAUUUUGUGACAUGAAAUGUAUGUAAGAUGAUAGCAGGUACUGACUAGGUUCUCUGUAAAUAGGAAAAUGGAAUGUGCUUGUAAGUCUUUAGUUCAAUUAAAGUACUGGGAUACAAAACGGUGAAAUGAAGUCUCUUAAUAUGGAGUUAUCAAAGACCAGCUGCUCAAAAAUCAAGCGUGUGGAGGUUAACCAGCAUCUGGAGAACUAAAUGAAAAUACAACCAAUAAGAGAGUCCACAAGAUACUAGUUAUAAUUUAUGCAAAGGAGAUAAUUUCUUUUGGUGACUCCCUGGAGGCAGUUCAACUUCCCACUGUGGCUGGGAUUUCUGUGCUGAGCCAGCAGAGCUUACACGCAACUUUUGCCGUGACAGCUGCCAUUUAAUAUUCUCCCCUUAGAUUUGUUUCCAUUUUUAAAAAACUGAUGCAUAUUCUUUAAUAAGUGAUUUACCUUUGCAUAUAUAUUUUCUUUUGUAUCAAUCACAUUUAGAGUAAGAAUCACAGUUGCUAGUGCUUUAUGUGUAACAACUAAAUCGUCAGCUGCCUGAAAUGAAUAUUGAUGAUAUUCUCAUUUCAGAGGUGAGGAAACCUAGGAUAGAUAGGGAAAAUAAUCAAAUUAGGCUGGGCACGGUGUCACACUGUAAUCCCAAUACUUUGAGAGGCUGAAGCAGAUGGAUCACCUGAGGUCAGGAGUUCAAGACCAGCCUGACCAACAUGGGGAGACCCCAUCGCUACUGAAAAUAUAAAAAUCAGCUGAGUGUGGUGGCGGGCGCUUGUAAUUCCAGCUAUUCGGGAAGCUGAGACAGGAGAAUCACUUGCACCUGGGAAAUGGUUGUUUCAGUGAGCCGAGAUGUGCCAUUGCACUCCAGCCUGUGGACUCCAUCUCUCUCUCUCUUUCUCCUCUCUCUAUAUAUGUGUCUGUGUGUAUAUAUAUAUUUUUUUCCAGAAAAUUGAUAGAACUAUGAAGAGACAUUUCACUGAAGCAGAUAUACUGAGAUAAAUAGGCCCAUAAAAACACUUCCAGCAUUACCAUCCAUCAAAUGUCAGACCUUAGCAUGUUCUGCUUUAAUAGACUCAUCUAGUCACGUUUCAGUAAGAGGCUGAAUCGAGACUUGAAUCCCUGUCUGGUUGCAAGGACAAAGCCGUUAACGACGAUGCAGCAGUAACAAUGCGAGUUAUUUUUGUCCUUUACUCACUGUCUGUACCUAUUUUGUCAGUAUCUUGUAAUUUUUAAAUGGUUUAUCUUCAUAUAUCAUUGUGAUUUUGGUAACUUUGUAUUAAAUCUAUAUUUUUACUGA